AUGGUGGGGAUUACGCAGCCGAACACCAGAGAGCAUGUAAACGCAGAUGGAGUUUGGGAUUUAUUGCAAAAUAAGGGAAAGAUGACCGUCUUCUCUUUGUGCUUGCUCCUGUGCGCCGAUCUAUUGGAUUUAGCCGUUGGAUACCUGACAGUGACCAUAGAGCCUCUGCCUCCAGUUGUUGUGGGAGAGACCGUUACUCUCAAGUGCAACUUCAAAACUGAUGGACGGCUUCGCGAGAUCGUAUGGUACAGGGUCACAGACGGAGGCACCAUCAAGCAGAAAAUCUUCACCUAUGAUGCUAUGUUUAAUACCAAUUACUCCCACAUGGAGGAUUACCGCAGACGUGAAGACCUUGUGUACCAGUCGACAGUCCGUCUACCGGAGGUGCGCAUCUCAGAUAAUGGUCCGUAUGAAUGCCAUGUGGGCAUCUAUGAUCGGGCUACGCGGGAGAAGGUGGUCCUUGCAUCAGGGAACGUUUUUCUUACCGUUAUGUCACCUCCAAACAACAUCUCAGUGGUCGCAGAGAACACUCCUGCUCCAUUCAGUCGAUAUCAAGCCCAAAACUUCACUCUUGUCUGCACUGCAAAGGGAGGAAAACCCGCCCCAUCGGUGUACUUCAAGCGUGAUGGAGAGUUGAUAGAGGUGAUCUCCUAUGUUCAGCCCUCAGCUGGCGAGGAGGGCGGCGGCUCAGCAGGGGUGAGAGGAGCCAGGCCACUCAUCAGCAGAGAUCUGGAUGACACCAAGCUGCAACGCUCCCUCUCUCUGCUUGAUCCGGAGGGGCGAUCGGCCCGUCUGUACACAGAAAGCCCCCAGCGUCUCCACACCCAGGGCCAGCAGGCCUAUGAGCCCAGCCCGGCCACGGAGGUCAUCCCAGAGACGGUGGUGAGCCGCGAGUUUCCCCGUUGGGUGCAGAGCACAGACCCGCUGUACUACUUUAGCCACACUCAAAUCCCCCAGAGCGACGGCUCUGUGCUGGUUCAGGCCAGACUCACCUGGACGCUGAACCCUCAGCUAGACAACGAUGCCCUGUUCAGCUGCGAGGUCAAGCACCCGGCUCUGUCCAUGCCCAUGCAGACAGAGGUCACGCUGGCGGCUCCUAAGGGCCCUAAACUCCUGAUGUCCCCCACUAGGGCUAAGGUAGGGGACACGGUGCGCAUCACUGUGCAAGGAUUCCAGAACGAGGUGUUCCCAGAGCCCCUCUUCACCUGGACACGGGUAGGGGGCCGUCUGCUGGAUGGGAGUGUGGAGCGAGAGGGGAAGGAACUGAUUCUGGAGAGAGUGCCAGCUGAGCUCAAUGGGUCCAUGUAUCGCUGCACGGCCCAGAAUCCUCUGGGCUCCACUGACACGCACACUCGCCUCAUUGUCUUCGAAAACCCGAGCAUGAUGAAAAACACACAGAAUCAGAACAAUGGAGCCUCUCCCAUGAACAUGCUCGGACUAAUGUGGCUGGCACUUGUCCUCACAGUGACAGUGGACCUGACGUGAAACCCCCCAUCCAACACACACACACACAUUCCCUCCAUUCUCAAUAGUGCGCACACACACACACACACACACACACACACACACACACACACACACACACACGAACAAACUCCUCUAUCCUGCAAGCCUUCUCCAGUCAUCAACAAACCCUUCAUGCGUCAGUCUAUCAGGAAACAAUGCCAACACAUGAUGGCGCUCCACUGUCUUUUGUAAUGAGAUAAUAACCAAGAUAAUGAUAUCAAAAGAACAACAUGAUUAACAUGAGAAUAACCACCCCUUAUA